AGUCUAAAGGGAGACCAAAAGUUUUGGCUUCAAACCACUCUUCUUCUUGUCGAGGCAUGCCUGUACAAAAUCGAUAAACGCUCUCAAAAUCCUAACAAACCUGACAAAGAAGCUUUGGAAAAGGCUCGUGGGAUUAUUGUUGAUGCUAAAUCACUGUUUCAAGGCUUGUCAGAAGAAAACGAAAACAAGGCCAACUUGUCGGACUACAUCGAGGCUAUCCUAGAAGCCAGGCAUGGCAUAUUAUUAUUUGAUUAUCUCGUUAACGAUGAAAGUAAGGAAAAAGACGAAGAGACGUUAAUGAAUUGCGAUAACGCAUAUCAGUACCUGCGUGGAGCUAGAGAAAAGCUAGCUCAGCUUGGAUAUCGAAGGGAAGCGGCGAGAGUGAUGAGGAAGCAAGCUGCCAUUAAAAGAAUGUUAGCGGAUGGAGCUAAGACUACUGAUGAACGCCAUGAGUAUUUUCUUCAGGCCUAUAGCAUAUUGAUGGAAGCGACCAACAUCGCUGACGCCGUGAUGUAUGAUGCGCAACAAGCAUCACCUUUAUACGAGAUGAGGAUGGUUAGUCUUCCCGUUCAGCGUGAAGCGGUGGACGUCCAUCUCGACUUGACUGAUCUUAUGGUUAGUAUGUUCCUAUGCUAUUCACAAGAGGACCGCAAUAGAAGACAACUCGAGGCUCGUAAAGGCAGUAUGCAGAAGAUGAUAGAUGACUUUGUAAAGAGUGAAGCGGUUCUAUGUAGUGAAGAGAAACAAGAAUGGAAAGAUACUUGCAGCUCUCUUGCCGUGGAUGCUAUGAUGCAGUUAUCAUUGGUUAGUGGAAUGACGAAUGGUUUACCUCAUCUUAGAGCAAAGGUCAUGCAUAGCCUGGGGGUUUGUCUCAGAGCACUGUCAGCUCAUUCGUCACCAGAUGCUGACAAUCAGUGGAAAGAACUCGAACAGAAUCGUACACUUGACUUGGAGAAAGAAACUAUAGAAAAUCAAAGUCAAGAAUCGAAAGAGAACAGCCAAGGUCUGGAUGGCGUCAUGAAGGCAAAUACAAAUGAAUCACGGGAAAUCCUUAAAUAUACUACACAGGCAUUCAACCUCAAUCGAGUAUACACUACAUCCAGGAAAUAUCUGUGUCAAGCGGUUGAAUGUUUAUCACAGGCUGUGCAGAUAGCGUUAAAGGGAGGAUUACGGGAUAUAGUUAGCCAGGCCAGUCAUCAGCUUGUAGAGUGCAUAGGUACACAUGACCCAGCUUCAUCCGCGCAGUAUCUCGCUCUCUAUCAGAGCUGCUAUAUGUCUCAGUGUUUAGAGAAGGUACUGUAUCGUGCACAAGCAGACCCAGCCGUGUCUCGACUAGCAGCCUUAUUGAGACAACGCAAGUUCUUCAGUACUGUCGACUAUUUGACCGAACACUCGUCUGCUGUCGUAUCUUUAAAUCACAAUAAUCUUGGAGACUGUGAGGCCUGGCGACGUUUAUCUAUCAUGAAAAAUCACUUGGAACUAACUAAAGAAUUCUCUGUUACUAACUUACAGUUUGUAGUUCUGCAACACUCCCCUGACAGGCGAUAUCUGUAUGGUGCUGUACUGGACAAAGGAAGGUCUGCUGUAGCAAGUGCUAAACCAGCCAAACAAGCAGGAGCUGUUCCAGUCUCAUUUUCAAGAUGUUUUAGCGGCAAUGGAAGCAUACCUAGAUCCAGUUCUUACUAAACUUUACCCUGCCUUGAAUGCAGAGUCCAUGUCAGGCACGAUCGUUUUGUUAGCCGACGACAAGCUGUUACUUCUUCCAUUGGAAUCUCUCAGCGCCUUUCUAACUCCUCGAGUGACGUCGCUUACCCGAGAUUUCUCAUUACAAUUUCUUUAUCACCGUUUUCAUCAAAACGAAGAAAACGAACAUAAAGGUGAUGCGAAAAAAGGUGGAGGGAAAAAGGGGGACAAAAAACCAGAGAAGCCAUCGACAGCCAAGUCAAAACCUAGUGAUAAAAAGGUAAUGAAAAUAAUGGUAAUAUUCUUAAAAUAUUAAGAAGCGAGGUGGAAAAUUGACUAUUUUCAUUGCU